AUGGAACCGCACAGACAGCACCGAAUGACCCAUGCUUCUCGCAGGGCGGAAGGCACUGUAGCAAGAACUGAUCUAUCGCAACUCUCGACAAAUGGCACAAACAAUGCUGUCGCUGCAUCCACGGCAUCACACCGCUCCAUCUCGCGGUAUUCUCCGCCGUUUACCUCCACCAGCAACCCCCAGAAUGUCACUAGCCACCAUCAUGAGACCUUUCCAGCAUUGACUCAGGGCCGUCUCAUCCAGCACCAGAGUCGCAUGGACGGUCUCUGGGGCGAUCCAGACGCGGCGCAGCAGAUGCGUCGGGCUCGCGCUGCGCGGACCAUGUCUGCGAUACAGAGGCUGCACGCAGAGUCGCAUCUGCCACAGCACGUGCUCGACGAUAUGUCUGCCAACUCCGAAGGCAUGCUUCUGCUGGAACGAUACCUUGCCGAAAGGGCAAGGGAUGGAUAUCAGGUUGGGAUGAGACGGACCCUUCGAGAUGGCGCUGCGAUGGACAAUGCUGCUAACCUUAGAGGGUCCCUGUCUGAUAAUGACGGGUUCGACGCAUGA